UUUGUCGCCACACCAGUUUGCUCUUGGAAGGCCGCUGCCCAAGUCUUCCAAGUUUUUAAUCUGUUUUUUUACGAUGGCUGAGCGCAACAAGAGGGCUCUUCUGGAUUUACUGAAACGACCGGAGAAUGAGGUCUGUGCUGACUGCGGCUCAACAGAACCAGACUGGGCUUCUUAUAAUCUGGGUGUUUUCCUCUGUCUUGAUUGUGUGGGAGUACAUAGAAUGUUAGGUACUCACAUCAGUAAAGUAAAAUCACUACGGCUGGAUAACUGGAAUGACGACCAGGUGGAAUUUAUGGCAGCAACUGGUAAUGAAUCUGCCAAAAUGAAAUAUGAGCAGUAUGUGCCUCCAUCCUACCGUAGACCCACACAUAGAGACUGUCAAGUAUUAAGAGAACAGUGGAUCCGUGCCAAAUAUGAGAGAAAUGAAUUUAUGGAUGUAGAAAGACAGUCUUAUCUGUCAGGAAUCAAAGAAGGGUUGCUGUGGAAACGGGGAAAAGAUGACAGCAAAUUUCAGCAACGAUUAUUUAUGCUUAAUGAAAAAGAAAAUGUACUAAAAUAUUAUGUCAAACGAGAUGCAAAUCAACCAAAGUGUUCAAUAAAUUUAUCUGAGGUAAAUGCCACAUUCUGUCCAGACAAGAUAGGAAAUCCCAACGGUAUGCAGUUAUCUUUUAUUAAAGAUGGAAGCACAAGGAAUAUUUAUGUCUAUAGUGAUGACGGACAGGAUAUAGUUGAUUGGUAUAAUGCUAUACGAUCAGCUAACUAUAACAGACUGAAAACCGCUUACCCUGGUGCCAGCGAUGACGAUUUGAACAAUAAAUUAACCAGGGAUUACAAAAUAGAAGGACAGUUGUAUAAAACCGGACCAAGAGGAACCGGUUUUAAGAAAAGAUGGUUCACACUUGAUGACAGAAGAUUAAUGUAUUUCUCUGAUGCUUUAAAUGCCCACGCCAAAGGGGAAGUGUUCAUUGGAUAUAAAGGGGACGGGUACAAUAUACGAGAAGGUUUUCCCCAAGGCAUAAAUCAAGUGACAAAUUCGUUCCCUUUUACGCUGGUUACACCAGACAGGGACUAUUAUUUCUGCGCUGAAACCAAACAGGACCAGGAGGAUUGGAUUAACAUGUUUAGGAAAACAAUAGAUAGAGUGUUGUACCCACAAGACCAAUGUGUUGCUGCAAAAUUUGUUCACAAGCGCAACAAACCUCUUCAGGGUAUCGUCAGUAUUAAGAAUAAACUGACGUAAUAAUGAGGUUUCGCCAAUGUGUGUUACAGUCAACCCCAGUACUGUCGUUCUAGAGUCAUCUCCAAUGGACAAGACGUGGGCAAACGGGUGAAUCAAAUCGAUCUGCUUUGAAACAUGAUGUAGAAAGUCAGCCUAUUUUGACUAAUGGAAUCAAGAUAAUUUCUCCCAUCAAUUUAUCUUGAUCAGUUACUAGAUAAUGUAAUUCCUGAAAGGAAAAAAACAUAAGGAACUGCUUUUUGACAGAGUCUUUGUGGUUACCCUAUCUGUCUGUCUGUAUGUAUGUAGUCAAUUUUCAGCCUUUCCACUGAUUAUAUCUUGUAUACCAAUCAUCACAUUUCAAUAGAAUUUACAUGGAUGUCAUAGGACAAUGAACAUCCCUGAAUGGUUUUUGUUUAAACUUCAUGCAUAUCAAUAACCUAAUUUGCAUAAUUAGCCAGUUUUCGGCUUUUACACUGAUAUCUAAUCUAAUACUAAUCGUCCCAUUUCAAUGAAACUAAUAAUUACCCAAUUUUCUACCUAUAUCUCAAAAACCAAUUACUAGUAUUGUAUUUCAAUAAGACUUUGUAAAUAAGUACCUGGGAACGAUGCUAAAAACCUAAUUAGUUUUGAAUUGAAACUUGAGCAUACUAAUUGAUUCAUUUGCAUAAUACGAAUAAUCAUCAUUGAAAUUUGGUUCAUAGAUACUCUGGCGUAAUCCACAGACGUGAUUAAUUUAAUGUUGAAAAAAACAAGCAUAUUGAUUGUUAUUAUUAGCAAAUUUCUCAAAAAAAUCUGAUUUAAAUUUAUUAUCUGCAAGUAUUAUAAACUUCAAUACUGUGCGUCACAUUGUUUUCACGUUGCGCAUCUCAAAUAGACAAAUAUUAGUUGCCAAGCUCCUUGUUUAAAAAUUUUAAAUUAAUUUUUAAUAUACUCUCAGCACACAGGAGUUCUUUCUAAGCUUUCUUUGAUAUUAUUAAAUAGUAUGCAUUAUAAUUAUAUUAAGUCAAGUAUGAGGCUACAUUUUUGCCAGGUAUUUAACUAUAAAGCAAACAAAAAGUAUAAUUAUGAGCAAUAGAACAGGCACAUGCAACUUCACCAUACUUCAUGAGAGAGAGACUUCAGGAGAGAUAGAUGGUUAUCAUGAAUUCCAUGUUUGAUAUUCUAUUGCAAAAACAGAAAGUACCAAGGUCAUUGUCGUAUACAAAGGUGUAAUAAGCACGUAAUACACGUUUUGCAAAUAAGCAACGACACUUCACGACUGUUUUAGUGGUUCAUUUAGGAAUCAGAACAUUUGCCAAACAUAUUUAUUGGAGUUGUAGCGUAUUUAAACAGAUAUUCAUUAGAAUGCUUUAUUUCAUGGUUGUUGUUUUUUUACCUAACACAGUGUUUAAGGAUCACUCAUGGACAUAUUUAUAGCACCUUAUCUUCAACUUUGAUUGACCCCCCCCCCCCCAACAAACAAUUUGUGUACUGUAAAAUACUUUAUUUUAGCUGGAAUUAAUUUUGGCUGAAAAGACAUUUAGGGUGUUUUGUAUGGAAUUUAUUUUCACUGAUUUUUGACAAGUUGAGUGUAAAAUAUAGGAAAAAAGAUAUAUUCGAUAGAUUUUAUUUUCACUGAAUCAUUUCUUCAGCGAAAAUAGCGAAAAUUAAUUCUGAGCGAAAAUAAAGUAUUAUGCUUUACCAUGAAAGCCUCCUGACUCAGUGUCUAUUGUUUACAAAUAUACAUGUAGCUUAUUUUAGGAGAGCUAUUUAUUCAUAUUCUGUCGUCUCAAAUCUCUGCAUUUAAUGGAUAUAUAUACAGGUAUAAAAUAGUCUGUUUCGGUGGUUUAUUUAAUAAAGUCUUAACUCCUGAUGAGUGAGGUACUCCAUGUAUCUUACGAAACAGUACUGUCGAGUGAACUUUA